AGCUAACAAUAGCAACAUGAAACCAAACGCCAAGGAUAGCUAGAGUUCCUGGGAUGCCUGUGCGUCCACUGGAAAGACGGAGACGCAAUUGCCAACUGCUACUUGCGACGCAUAGAUAAGCUCAGCUAAGGUGUUGCGACCCGCAUCUCCGGCCAGGAGCAGUACGUGACAAGAGACAGCAGACGCCACUCCGCUCUCGACUGCGCGCUUUGUUUCGUAGAGAUAUCAUAGCGAGCCGAUUGCGACUGCGUGAGCUGCUUAUUUUUGAUACCAAUCCAGUGAUCUACUCGCACCCACUACCAUAGAGCUGGAGUAAUGCCAUCGGACACACCGCUCCACAAGGCAGCUCACAACGGUGACAAGGGCGCUUGCCUACAGAUUCUGGAGGAGAAGUCAGUAGAUGUCAAUGCACCUGGAGCUGGCGAUCGACGGGCUCUGCACCGUGCUGCAGGAGGUAAUCACGCAGAAUUGUGCACGCUGUUACUGGAUAAAGGCGCAGAAAUUGACGGGGCGGAUAAAAGUGGUCGAACAGCACUACAUUGGGCGUCUAUCAGUGGUCACAAAGAGGCUACAUUGGUGUUGCUGCAGAAGGGAGCAAACAUUAAUGCAGAGACCACAACGGGGAUGACGGCACUCCACGGCGCAGCUGAGGGCGGUAAAGUGGAAAUAGUUAGACUGCUGAUGGAGAACAAGGCGGAUUCCGCCAAGAAAGACGCAAACGGGAAGUUGCCUUUCGACUACGCAAUGGACGGCAAACAUAAAGCUGUAGUAAAAGUGCUCAAGGAAAUGGGAGACGCAGCUGCGCAAAGCGCAUCCUGUGUUAUUCAAUAGCCGUCCGAAUACCCGCUGCGAUGACUCUCGCCGCAACCGAAUUCUUAUUUGACCUCAUAAUACAAAUUCAAGAGCUGCAAGCAAGAAAAUGUAUUACGAGAUCAGCGGUCUACAAUAUGAUGCUAGCGAUAAAAUGCCUUUGCACUAUCCUUCGUACGUUUACCAGUCGUUCUUGUGGUAAAGCUUGCCCUUAAUGCUGAGCUUGGC